ACCCAUUUUGGAUAAAUAGUCCAAAUUGAUCUUUUGGUCAUAAAUUUAAUUCAAUUUUGAUUAAUUUUAUGUUCCGAACAAGUUCAGGUAACAAAUUGAGCGACGCAAUUUUCUAUUUUAUACAAAAAUGUUAUAAACAUAAUAAAUAUACUUGUUUUUUUUACUAGAGGAAACUGAGUGAAGCAUGUAAGUUUCAGCCUGCAGGCCUCAGCUUUUCUUGAACAUCAGUAAUAAUUAAAAAGGGAAUCUCAAUACCUUCUACGCGGUUUAGGUUUCAAUAUAAACAGGAAGAAAGACUAUUUUCAGAAUACCUUUUGGUUUCUCAACUAAAUGGGUAUCACUGGAGAAUUAGUUAGAAGUGUCUUCUCAAGAAACCGCUCUGUUACAACAACAACUACUCAUGAAAGCUAUACUAACAAUGCAAGAAGUUAUGGAGGUGGUGAUAAGAGAAGAUGGAUUUCUGUUAGAUCAUAUCUCUGUGGAGAUGAGUUUAAUUCAGUUCUUGCAGAGGAAGAUUCUGCUUCUGUAAAAAGCUCUGAGGCUACAGUUACACAGCCUUUAAUGGAGGACUGGACAAGUCGAGUAGACAGUAGUAGAGAAGAUGUUUCAGAAGAAAAAUAUAAUUCAACUUCUAAUUUGUUCAGACAAGAAGAUGCAGCGAUCAUCAUCCAAACAGCAUUCAAGAAAUUUCUGGCAAGACGUCGAAAUGAAGAAAACAAAGACAUGGAUAGUAAGGAGGAGGAUGUUGUUAAAGCAAUGGAAAGUAGUCCAAGUAGAGAUUCUAUAGGCACAUCAAUGGAAGUUCAAACUGGAAAUUCUGUGGAAGUUUUGUCAGUUGGAGAGGAAAGUGUGAAUGUCAACCAUCGAAUGCCAAAGAAAGCAACAUCUCAGGUUCUGAAGAUAAAGGAAGACUGGGAUGAUAGCACUGUGAGUAGCAAUAUAAUAAAAAUGAGGAUUCAGAACAGACUGGAAGCAACAAAUCGGCGAGAAAGGGCAUUGGCAUAUGCUUUUGCACAACAGCUAAGAAUCUGUUCAAAGAGGAAACAAAGCAGAUCAGAUAACAUGGGUUGGAGCUGGCUAGAAAGAUGGAUGGCAACCAGAAUUCCAGAAUGUUCAGUUGAAAGUCGAACGAAUAAGCAAUUUAGUGCCAUAAGCAGCAAUCAUAGAGUAAUCACAGCUAAGAAGAGAUUUUUUGACGUAGCAGAAGAAAAAGAGAGUUGUGGCUCAAAUGAUGUGUCUCUCCAAUUUGAUAGCAUAUCAGUGACUGCAACAAAUAACAAUGAGGGUUUGAAAACAAACACCAGAAAUCGGAUUAAGCCUGCAAGAACCAUAUCUCGGCGAAAAACAGCGCCAAGUAACCACUGCCCGAAAGAGCAUAGUAAAGUAACCAAGAAAUAGUAAAGCGAGCAAUAUAAAGAGCAAACAAGCAUAAGAAAAGAAAUCAGAAUAUCUUUGAAGCUACUGAUAGGGUUUAGCUCAUUGUGUGAUUUCUGUAAGUUACUACAUGGUUGUCCAUUCAUGAAUAAUGUAAGGUUUGAAAGUUUUACUUGUAUAUGUAAGUUUUCAAAGUCGUUUUGUGAAAUAGACAAAGUCCUUUAGAAUCA